GCUCAUGUCAUGGACAAUGUUGUUUAUUAUCACAAGCUUUGGUUAUGUUACUUGUAUAGAUGGUAUUCAUCCUACGAGUUCCGAGUGUUUACCAGCUCAAAACUCAUCUAUGGAUACUAUCUACAAAUCAAACCGUAGAACGUUGUUGGAUUCGCUAGCCAAAAACGUGCCUCUUCAAAAUGGUUUCUUCAAUACUAGUGUUGGGAAUGGUUCGGAUCGAGUUUAUGGUCUAGCGUGGUGUCGUGCGGAUGUUUCUCCUAAAACAUGCGGCAAGUGUUUGAAUGACACUAUCACUGCGUCAUUAACGAGUUGUCCCGAGAGCAAAUCGUUGGUGACGUAUUUGAGUUUGUGCAGCUUAGGGUUCUCAAACGAUAGUUUCUUUGGUGAACUUUGGGAUAGCUCAUCGUCAUCGAGUAAUGGUGGCGAUAACUUCGACGACCCUUUGGUGUUUUCGAAAGGGUUUUCGAUGAUGCAAUCUUUAAUAGGAAAUGUUUCAAGUCAACCGUUGAUGUUUGAGAUGGGUGUUGUUGAUGUUGGAAGUGAUGGGAAGAGGUAUGGGCUGGGUCAAUGUCGUCGAGAUAUAAGUAAGUUGGAUUGCGAAAAAUGCUUGGAGGAUCUUCUAACGACUUAUAAUAAGUUCGUGUUGAAUCAAACUUGGUGGGAUAUGCGAGCAAUGAGUUGCGGUUUGUGGUAUGACCAUGUUCGGUUUUACCAAGACGAUUUCAGAGAAAACCGAGACGAUUCAGAGGUUUCGAACCCGAUCCCUUCAGGUGGAGAAAAAUGGUAUAAAGGAGACAUGACGUUGGUUUUUGUAGCAUUUCUUGUGCUUCAUUGGAUUUGAGUGAGUCAAGUUUCAACAUAUAGGAUGUUUGGUUUUUAUUUGUAGUUUGUGGUUGUUCGGUUUCUUUUUUAAAAUUUAUGUAUGGUUUGGCUUCACUUGUAUCAUUCUAACUUGUAACAAACUUGAUGAUGAUAAAUAAAAUUUACUGUUUGCUUCACUGGUA